UUGCAGCACCAAAACUUCACAUUAUUAUCACCUUACAAAUUUGGCACAUUGAGUAAAUAUCUCUGCCUAAUUUACUCCACUAUUUUCACCUGAGCAAUUCAAAAAAGCUGAAACUCCACGCAAUUAUAUACUUUCUCAACCUUAUUAUUAGGAUUGUGUUUUUCAGGUGUGCAAGUAGAAAUUUCUACUGCACAAAUUUGGGCUAAGUUGAGAUCCUAUGGCGAAACUCGUGUUUCAAAAUGGUUUCAAGAAGGAUGAAUUGCUUCCUGCAGUAAAUGAUGAUCAUAUGGAAAAAUUCGUGUUUCAAAAUGGUUUCAAGAAGGAUGAAUUGCUUUCUGCGGUAAAUGAUGAUCAUGGAGGAGUUAUAGUGGACUUAAAGGAGCCUAUGGACCCCAAUACCUUUCAAAACAUGCUUAAAGCUUCAUUAUCCAAGUGGAAGUUGCUGGGGAAGAAGGGUGUGUGGAUUAAAGUGCCGAUUGAACUUGUAAAUUUGGUUGAAACUGCAGUUAAGGAAGGGUUUUGGUACCACCAUGCAGAACCUGAUUACCUGAUGCUUGUGUAUUGGAUUCCUGAAACUGAGAAUACCAUCCCUGCAAAUGCCUCACACCGAGUGGGUAUUGGCGCUAUAAUCUUAAAUGAGAAAAGAGAGUUGCUUGUAGUCCAAGAAAAUAGCGGCAGAUUAAAGGGAACUGCUGUAUGGAAGAUCCCUACUGGCGUUGUUGAGGAGGGCGAGGAUAUAUUUGAAGGCGCGAUAAGGGAAGUAAAAGAAGAGACAGGAAUUGAUGCUGAAUUUCUGGAAGUUCUUGCAUUCAGGCAAACGCACAAGGCAUUGUUUGGCAAGUCAGACUUAUUCUUUAUUUGCAUGAUGCGCCCUUUAUCAUUUGACAUUCAAAAGCAAGAUUUAGAAAUUGAGGCAGCCCAGUGGAUGCCCGUUGAAGAGUAUGCAGCUCAACCUUUCGUUCAGAAACAUGUCCUUUUCAAGUACAUCAAAGAUUUAUGUCUCACAAAGUCUGAAAGGAGUUACCCGGGAUUUACUCCUGUGCCGAUAACAUCAUUUUUCGAUGCUACUACGAGUUUCCUGUAUCUGAAUAAGGAUGGUCUGGACCAGGAAAGAUCUGCAAUUCAUCUCUGAAGGAGGUUUGGAGCUUGAAACUUGUAUAACUAUUUUGAUCUAAUUCAUAAAUUAAUAUUUUAUAGUAAUUAUUUCAAUCUUAUAUGAUGAAAUAAUGUGUAAUUUCAAUUUUCCUUUGUCAUAUAAUCUAUGCGUUGAUGCUUGCACGUCA